CAAGAAUUUGGCUAGUUUAGCCAACUAUAUUUUCUGUCUGCCCUGCCUCCAGUAUGCUGGACUUAGAAACAGGCCACGAGACCCACCCUGCAUUGUACCUACAACAGCAGAGCUCUAAGAGGACGUGAAGGACAAACACCUCUUGGGCUUUUUGACCGAGGGACCAUGAUGAAAUACUUGUGGCCCUUCAUGCUCAUCCUCAUUCCAGUGGCUCUGGCAGUUGGUGCGGAUCAAGCAAAGAACGAAGUGAAGGUGCUGAGGUACUUUGAAUCCAUCAACAUCUCGAAUGCCAAUGUGAAGCAGUGUGUGUGGUUUGCUAUGAAAGAAUACAACAAGGGAAGCGAGGACAAGUAUGUCUUCCUCGUGGACAGGACACUGCAUGCCAAGCUUCAGAUUACAGACCGAAUGGAAUACCAAAUUAAUGUUCAGAUUGCCCGCAGCAAUUGUAAAAAGCCUCUAAACAAUACUGUAAACUGCGUCACUCAAAAAAACUCCAAACUGGAAAAGAAAGUAAAUUGCAGCUUUUUGGUAGGGGCGCUUCCCUGGAAUGGAGUGUUCACCCUGUUGGACAAGGACUGCAAAGAUAUCUAAGGGUGUCGUGGAGCAUCCCUCCCACUUCUGAGUCUGCCUUUCUCUGUGAUAAAAGAGCAACGUUGGUUCAAGGCUGCCACCAUCACUUUGCUCGUGUGUGCCUCCCUGCUUGCUUUCUUAUUAGUUUCACAUUAGAGGAAAGGGGUGAAAUAGGGACUCUGCCCUGGCACCAAAGAUGGACCCUCACCUGUAGCCAGCUUCAGGACCACCGGCGUGUGGACUACUUUUGCUCCACAUGGUCAAUGGAAGGAGAAAUGUAUUUUGAUUGGAUAAUAAUCCCUUAAAGAGA